AUGCCAGAAGCUCUCCUUGGCAACCAUUCCGCUUCUGGGCAUGCUUCUCCUUCCGCAUCUCCGCUCGAUGCGAUCCGGGAACAAACCAGCAAGAUUGAGGAUUGGCUAGACACGAUUUCUGACCCCGUCAAGCCAUAUCUACCAGCCAUCGGCCGCUUUUUGAUUGUCGUCACUUUUCUUGAGGAUACGCUACGCAUCUUCACUCAAUGGAGCGAUCAGCUCACCUAUUUGAGAGAUUUCAGGCGCAUUCCAUGGGGCAUCACACACAUCUUCCUCAUCCUAAACAUCGUCGCAAUGGUUUCGUGUUCGGUACUGGUGAUCGCACGGAAACAUAGUGAAUAUGCUGUCGCCGGUCUUCUCGGCGUUGUCGUCGCACAGGCCCUUGGAUACGGCCUCAUCUUCGACCUGACCUUCUUCCUCCGCAACCUCAGUGUCAUUGGAGGUCUUCUUAUGGUGCUCUCAGACUCCUGGGUGCGCAAGAAAUUUGUCCCCGCUGGUCUUCCACAAAUCGACGAGAAGGACCGGAAAAUGUACAUCCAGUUUGCAGGACGUGUGUUGCUGAUCUUCCUGUUCAUUGGAUUUGUAUUCGCUGGGCCGUUGGAGUUUCUGGAGAGUCCUUGUUAG